AUGCGGGAGACUCGCCAAACCCAGGAGAUCUCCACCCUGCGCGAAGAGCUUCACCUUGUGACCAUGGAGCUGGACGCUGCCAAGUCCGCUCAACGGCGGCAGGAAGCCCUUAAUCGCGCCAAUUCGACGUGCGGCAACUGUACUGUCCUGCAGGACGCGAAGGACAAGCUCCAAGCCGAUGUCCAGGAUCUCGAGCGACGUCUCCAAGCGGCGCUUAACCGUCCCAAUCUGCCCUGUGGCAACUGCCCGGCGCUCCAGAAGGCGAAUGAUGACCUCCAGGAUAGGCUUCGUGGACUUGAACUGCGAGUCCAGGAGGCCGACCUGAACCAGAAGCGUGUGGCCCUCCAGUUGGAAGAAGCCCAGGGUUCCCUCCAGGACGCCGAGCGACGCGUCCGGGAGACCCACGAGCUGCUCCUCCUGGAACGCGAACAACACGAAAAGGACUUGGACGAGCACCACGAGAGCAUGCGACAACUCGAGCACGAUGUCCAGGUGCAAUUCAUGUCGCUUGGGCAAGCCGGGAACGCCCCUACUGAGCAAGAAAGGUCGCAACUGAACGCCGACAGAGCCGACCUGGAGCGUGAGACGGCUAUCAACCAGGACGUCCUGGCGCACAUCGAGGACGGAUUGGCCCGUCAGGAAACCAACAUGGGCCUCCUGAACCAGUCGGAAGAACAGCUGAGGCGCGACCGGUACUCCCAUGAGGCCCGGGCCAAGCACGAACUCGCGUAA